CUUCCACUUCUCUCAUCAACCGUAAUCAGUCGGCCAUAAACCCCCCAACCACAGCGACUGUGUUUUCCACUUUACCUUGAAGCAGAGCAACAAUGGAAGGCAAAGAAGAGGACGUAAGACUCGGAGCCAACAAGUACUCGGAGCGGCAGCCGAUUGGUACGGCCGCUCAGAGCCAAGAUGGCGGGAAGGACUACAAGGAACCACCGCCGGCGCCGCUGUUCGAGCCGGGAGAGCUGACCUCCUGGUCGUUUUACAGAGCAGGAAUCGCCGAGUUCAUGGCCACUUUCCUCUUCCUCUACAUCACAGUCUUGACCGUCAUGGGCGUCGUUAAAGAAUCCAGCAAGUGCUCCACAGUGGGCAUCCAGGGUAUCGCGUGGGCUUUCGGUGGCAUGAUCUUCGCUCUCGUAUAUUGCACCGCCGGCAUCUCCGGCGGACACAUAAACCCGGCGGUAACCUUCGGGCUGCUCCUGGCGAGGAAGCUGUCGCUGACGAGGGCGAUUUUCUAUAUGGUGAUGCAGUGUUUGGGAGCAAUCUGUGGAGCUGGGGUGGUGAAGGGUUUUGAAGGAAGCGCCACUUUCGAAUUGAAAGGCGGCGGCGCGAACGUCGUCAACCAUGGAUACACAAAAGGUGACGGACUCGGCGCUGAGAUCGUCGGCACCUUCGUCCUGGUCUACACCGUCUUGUCGGCCACUGACGCCAAGCGCAACGCCAGAGACUCCCACGUUCCAAUUUUGGCACCUCUACCAAUUGGGUUCGCAGUGUUCUUGGUGCACUUAGCCACCAUUCCAAUCACAGGAACUGGUAUUAACCCAGCCAGGAGUCUUGGUGCAGCCAUCAUCUUCAACAGGGACAAGGCUUGGGAUGACCAUUGGAUUUUCUGGGUAGGACCAUUUAUUGGAGCAGCACUUGCGGCACUAUAUCAACAAGUUGUGAUCAGAGCAAUUCCUUUCAAGUCCAAGUGAAAUUCCCAAAAUGGGUCUCCAUAAAAUAUGUCAUUUAAAAUUUAAGAUGGUGAAAAAUGUAAUAUCAUCAAAUUUGAGCCCAGCCUCUUCUUAUUUUUUUUCCUACUGGCUGUUUCUAUUUUCUAUGGUUAAUUAUGUGUAUUUUGUUGUUCUAAGAAAUGUAAAAAAUGGAAGUUUAGUUUUUAUCUUUGGGUUUGAAAAGAAGUUGGCUGAAAAUGGUGGGGGCCAUUAUUGUGUUUGUA